AUGUCAGCCUACUCUUGGUUUGAAGGAAUACCUUUCUCUACUAUACUGUUUAAAAAAGAAAUUAUUGAAAAAAUUCAUAAGUUUGUGAUCAGAGAUGAAGACACAGUCAUACUGAGUUUUCCUAAAUCAGGAACUAAUUGGCUGAUUGAGACUGUCUGCUUGAUUCAGACCAAGGGGAAUCCCAAAUGGAUCCAAUCUGUGCCCAUCUGGGACCGCUCACCCUGGAUAGAAACUCAAAAAGGAUAUCCACAAUUAAUCAAUAAGGAAGGACCACGCCUCAUAUCCUCCCACCUUCCUUUCCAUCUUUUUCCCAAGUCUUUCUUCAGAUCCAAGGCCAAGGUGAUCUAUAUCAUCAGAAACCCCAGAGAUGUUCUUGUGUCUGGUUAUUUUUUCCAUCACAACACAAAUCUUACUGAUAAUCCAGAGUCACUAGGAACUUACUUUGAAUGCUUCCUCAAAGGAAAUGUGCCAUAUGGAUCAUGGUUUGAGCACACGCGUGACUGGCUAUCUAUGAGAGAAAAUGACAACUUCCUAUUACUGAGCUAUGAAGACAUGAAAAAGAACACAAGGGGAACCAUAGAGAAGAUAUGUAACUUCCUUGGAAAGAAAUUGGAGCCAGAUGAGCUAGAUCUGGUCAUCAAGUACAGCUCCUUCCAAGCCAUGGAAGAAAACAAAAUGUCUAAUUAUAGUCUUAUCAAAAAAGAUGAGAUUACUAAUGGUUUGGUCCUCAUGAGAAAAGGUGUGGCUGGGGACUGGAAGAAUCACUUUACAGUAGCACAUGCUGAAACCUUUGAUAAAGUAUUCCAGGAGAAAAUGGCUGGUUUCCCUCCAGGGCUGUUUGCAUGGGAAUAA